UGCGGACAACUGCGUUGCGCGGCUCAGCAGCGUUUCUGUGAGAAGUCAUCAGAAGUAAAGCGUUUUCAAUGCGGUGGUUCGGAUUUGGCUUCAACGCAUUUGGACAGAUAUGUGUCCAUGAAAAAUCAAUGAAAGUAGCAGGUAGAGACGUCGCCAAUGAAGUCAAAGUGAACAGUCCAACAGAGCUGUCGGACAGAAGUGGCUGCUGCUCGAAGAUCAGUCAAAUCAAAGCAUGUUGGAGUCGAAGAGCAUCUUUGCAUUUGAUCGGUGCCAGCUGUGUGUGUGUGGCAGGUUUCGAAGCAGCCACCUCCAAGGAGUCCUGUGGAGUCUCAGUGACAGACAGCCGCGGCUGUACAGAUGCUGUCAUCAGUGAAUUGUAUUUGACCCUUGCUUUCCCAGACAGGAUUGAGACCUGGGACCUCCGGAAUAAAGAGAAGACUCCAUCAUGGAGCAUGGAAAUAAAAACCCAACCACAGAGCUCUGGACCCCUAGUGAAUCUUCCAUUGGUCCCUGGGGGUUACGUAGCCACAAAACCUCCCCUCUACCGCCCCUUAACACCAGCCCUGAAGGCCAAGAGUCUGGCACUGGGAGCAGAGCAUGCCAUCCUUCUCUGUGCCACAGGAGCUGUGUACACCUGGGGACUGGGCAGUCAUGGUCAGUUGGGGCACGGAGGCCUCACAUCUGAGGAGGAGCCCAAGGCGGUGGAGGCACUUUGGGGAAUGCCCAUGAGCUGUGUUGCUACAGGAGGCUGGCACUCUGUCUGCAUUAGUGAUGGGGGUGACCUUUAUGUGUGGGGUUGGAACGAGAGUGGCCAGCUUGGACUUCCAUCACGAGGUCUGAGGAAAGCAACUCAGCAGCAAAGUAGCCAACAAGCAGGAGCAUUGUGCCAAGAUGCCAGCUCAUCUCCUGGUGAAGAGCCACAAGAGGGAGAGAAACAGGAAGAGGUAUUCAUAUCGAUCCAGGCGUUCCCGGCUCUACUGGAUGUCACUCCGUCAUGUGAAAUCAGUACAGUCAGCUGUGGCUCCCGCCAUACAGCUGCUGUAACAACGACAGGUGACCUCUACACUUGGGGCUGGGGUGAAUACGGCCAACUUGGACAUCACACUUUAAUCAGUUCAGAUGAGCCUCAACGCGUGGAGUACUUCAGGAAGCAGCAGAUGCGAGUAGUUGACGUAGUGUGUGGGACAUGGAACACUUUUGCUGCUGUCGUCAAGGAGGAAGUAGCUUGCUCUUAAAAAUUCCCCUGAUAAACAUGAACAGUGGACUUUGGAUAGCAUAUCAGGAAGUGUAGAUUAUAACAACAAAUGCAUGGAGACUUUGGAUUUAAUAUAUUUUGUAAUAUAUCUAAGUUAUUUGUUUGUAUGUCUAUAAAAAAACUUUGGUAAUUAA